CUUCAAAGCCCAGGUUUCGCCUUGUUGAGACCUCUUUUCCGCAAUCCCCCUCUCCCUCCUCCUCCUACUCGAGACCUCGUCGCGAGGUUUCAAUUGCUCCAUUUUAGUUUGAGAGCAUCGAAUCGCAAAAAAUCGGUGUGUGUUGGGUGUAGCUACGUGCGCACCAAAGCAAGCCGCCGCCAUGUCUUCCGGCGACAACUCGCUCUUUGCGAGGCACUACAUCGACUAUGUCUACAUGCCCGGCGUACUCCUCAUCGUAGGAACCCUCAUCGUCAAGAAGGAGUGGACGCCCUUUGCCGCCCUCAUCGCCGUCGCAUUUGGCGCCUACAACUUCCUCGCCUUCCAGGUGAAGAAGGUCCUCAAGCCUGAUGUCUUCCAAGAGUUCGAACUCGAGGAGAAGACCAUCAUCUCGCACAAUGUCGCCAUCUACCGCUUCAAGCUCCCCAGCCCCAAACACAUCCUCGGCCUCCCCAUCGGCCAGCACAUCUCCAUCGGCGCCCCCUGUGUCCAGCCCGAUGGCUCUACCAAGGAGAUUGUCCGCUCUUACACCCCCGUCUCUGGUGACCACCAGCCCGGCUACUUCGACCUUUUGAUCAAGUCAUACCCCCAGGGCAACAUCUCCAAGCACAUGGCCUCGCUCGUCGUCGGCCAGACCAUCCGCGUUCGCGGCCCCAAGGGCGCCUUCGUCUACACUCCCAACAUGGUCCGUCACUUCGGCAUGGUCGCCGGUGGUACUGGAAUCACCCCUAUGCUCCAGGUCAUCCGGGCUAUCAUCCGAGGCCGCGCUGCCGGAGACAAGACCGAGGUCGAUCUCAUCUUUGCCAACGUCUCUCCCCAGGACAUCCUCCUCAAGGAGGACCUCGACUCUCUUGCCGCCAAGGACGCUGGUAUCCGCAUUCACUACGUCCUGGACAAGCCUCCGGAGGGCUGGACUGGUGGCGUCGGCUAUGUCACCGCCGACAUGAUCACCAAAUGGCUCCCCAAGCCCGCCGACGAUGUCAAGAUCCUCCUCUGUGGACCUCCUCCCAUGAUUAGCGGUCUCAAAAAGGCCGCAGAGAGCCUUGGCUUCAAGAAGGCCCGCCCCGUCAGCAAGCUCGAGGACCAGAUCUUCGCCUUUUAAGCGCAUCGAUCUGAUCUACCAACCCAAGCUUGACAAUCCGCCCAGGGUUCCCAUCAGCAUUAACCCGUAGAGGGAUAGCCGUCUAUCGGUAAUCUCACGCUUAGAAACAAGAGAGAGGGGGUGGACGGGAUGCAUGUACCUCUGACAAGCAAGCCUAGAUAGGCUGGAGCAAUGUCAUGUCAUAGCAAAAUGAUGAGGAAUAUGUUGACGCAAGGAAACGAAAUGUAGAUUCACAUUAGUUAUAUACCAAGACUUGAUUGGCGUUGAAGGAGUCUGUUUCAAGACGACCUCCCCAGGCAAGACAAGACAAGAUAAAACAUCACAUC